AAAAGUUGGCGCUGAAAACAGCACCCGCGUAAUUUUAAUUUACUUUAAUAAUUCGUAUAAUUAUAUUUUAAAAAAUUUAUAAAGCUCUACUGAAAUAUUUUAGUAAUGUUACAAAAAAAUUAGCAACAAUAAAUUAGUCUAAACCUUUAUCAAUCUAAGAAUCCAGUAAAAAAUGUUAAUAUUUUAUUGAAUCAGUUUUACAUACAAGUUGACCUCGAUAUUUAAAAUAUUCACAUUCAACAUAUAAAUAAUUAAUGAUACGAUAAAAAACAGAUAACAGCUGAUAACCAGCUGACAUUGGACAGCUAGUGUAAUAAACAUGGCGUUCCAAAGAACACUGAUUUUAAAAACCUCAAAUAUUUUUCAUAUAAAUAUUGCUAGAAAGCUGUCUUUAUCAGUAUCAUCAAAAAAUAAAUGUUCAUUUAAUUGGCAAGAUCCAUUUGAUAUUGAAUCACAAUUAACACAAGAUGAAAUAAUAGUAAGAGAUCAAUUUAAAUCAUACUGCCAAGAAAAAUUACAGCCAAGAAUAAUUGAUGCAUUUAGAAAUGAACAUUUUGAUAAAAAAAUUAUGAAAGAAUUAGGUGAUAUUGGUGUACUUUGUUCAACACUAAAGGGCUAUGGUGCAGCUGGUGUAUCAUCAGUAGCUUAUGGUUUAAUUACAAAAGAAAUUGAAUCAAUUGAUAGUGGAUACAGAUCUUCAUAUUCUGUACAAAAUCUUGCUGCAGUUGCUAUUGAUAGCUGGGGAACAGCUGAACAAAAAGAUAAAUAUCUACCAAAACUAGUCAAUGGUGAUUUAAUUGCUUGCUUUGGUCUUACUGAACCAAAUCAUGGAAGUGAUCCAGCUGGAAUGGAAACUCGUGCAAUUUAUUAUCCAGAAAAAAAAAUUUACAAAUUACGUGGUAGUAAAACAUGGAUAACAAAUUCUCCAGUUGCUGAUGUACUUGUAAUAUGGGCAAAAUGUGAAGAUGAAAAAAUACGUGGUUUUAUUGUUGAACGUGAUGGUAAUGAAUUGACACUUGGUACACCAAAAAUACAAGGAAAAGUUUCAUUAAGAGCAUCAGCAACUGGUAUGAUAUUGAUGGAUGAUGUUGUGGUGCCAGAAGCCAACAUGAUACCAGGUGUAACUGGACUAAAGGGACCAUUUGCUUGUUUAAAUCAUGCAAGAUAUGGAAUUGCUUGGGGUGCACUUGGUGCUGCUGAACAAUGUAUGAAAAUAGCAAAUUCUUAUGUUCUUGAAAGAAAACAAUUUCAAAGACCACUUGCAUCAAACCAAUUGGUACAAAAAAAAUUAGCUGAUAUGAUGAGUGAAAUUGCAAUUAGUUUACAGGCUUGUCUUCGAGUUGGACGAUUGAAGGAUCAAGACAAAGCCACACCUGAAAUGAUUUCUUUGAUAAAAAGAAAUUCAGCUGCAAAAGCUAUUAAUAUUGCACGUGUUGCUCGUGACAUGCUUGGUGGCAAUGGAAUAUCUGAUGAGUAUCAUGUCAUCAGGCACAUGGUUAAUCUUGAAUCUGUCAUAACUUACGAAGGCACUGAUGAUAUUCAUUGUCUUAUUCUUGGACGUGCUAUCACUGGAAUUCCAGCAUUCUCUGGUUAAUAUUAUUAACUAAAAAAAUGUAAAUUUAUUUGUCAUUUACAUUAGAGCUAAAAUUCAUUGUUUUAUUUCUAUACAAAUUAUUAUUAUUAUUGUUAUUUCAAAAACGCUCUGUUAUUGAAAAAAUAAACAUUUUUUUUUUUUUGUUUUCAUUCAUUCUUAACAUUGAUUUAUCAUGUUAAAAUUAUAAAAAAUAAAAAAUUAAAUAAUAAAAAAAAAACGGGGCAUAAUACAAUAUUAACUUUUGAAAAUAAUAAAUAAAUUAAGUUUAAUUCCUAAGUAAUAAAUUAAUUACAUUUUUAAUUUCAUAAUAAUUUUUUUUGUUUUGUUUUUUUUUUUUUUUUCUUUUAAAAUCAAUUACAACACACAUUUCGUGCAAAAGUGUAAAGAGGUUUUUUUUUUUUUUUUUGUCUUGUUCUUAGUGCUACACUCAAAUAUACUUUUACGAUUUAAAUUGUGUUUAAUAAUUUUUUUUUUCUUUUUUAAGCUACAAUAAGCUCUUCGUUAAAACGUUAGUAACAUUGUAGUUUACAGUUAAUUAACAACUGUUGAUGUUGAUGGAUCAUCAUUAAAAUAUGUGUCUAUUACAUAGGUACACAUUUUAUUUAUUAUUAUCAUCAAUGCUGGAAUUGAAUCAUCAAAGUAUCAACCAUCAAAAAAAGCACAUGCCUUUUGAUAAUAUAUAAUUUAUCUUUUAUAGAUUUUUUUUUUUCCCAAAUAGAUUCGAUCCCAGCAUGCACAAAUUAUAUCUACAUUUAUAAAGGAAUGUUUUUUUAAAAUAUAAACAAAAAUAAAGAAAAAGCUAAUAACACUUUUUGAUUUUUAUAAAUUAAAACAAAUUAAUUUCGAUAAUUUAUUUAUUUUUUUCUUUCUGGAAAUUUAAUUUUCUUAUAAAUUUUGUUAAUUUUUUCAACGAUUUUUGCUGAUCAACUACAUGUGGGUGAUGCACUAAUUUUUUUUGUUUUAAUUAUUAUCAUUAAAUGUUUAAAUAAAUUGUAAAUAAUAAUUUUUUUUUCAAGUAUUUAUCUCACCCUUUUUGUCCGUACGAUGAGUCGUAUAAUAAAUAUAAUAAUGUAUACUUGGUUUGCUGUUUAUAUUUUACAUUUUUUUAAAUUAAUUUACUUAGUUUUUUUUUUUAUUUUUUUUCAAUCAACUAUUCGAUAUCUUAUUGUCGUGCAAACUGUUUCUUGUAUUUUAAUUAAUAUAUAUUAUUUUCAUCGCAUGAUUUUAUAUUGUGAUGCUGGAAAGGAGACCUCGAAAUUUAAAUAUACAAAUUGAAAAAUAAAAGCUUGUAUUUUAUUUAUUAUUGAAAUUAAAUUUAUAAGGUGACAAGUAAAAUUAUCAUAAAUAAAUAUUGAUAAAUUAUUUAUUUUUCUGUACUACUUUUAACUUGUAAUUUUAUUUUUAUCUACAAUCACUUGAAAGUGUAGCACACACUCAGAUCAAUUAUUUUUUAAAAUAAUAAAUUUAUUUAUUUUUUUUUUCAAUUUAAAAAUGAAAAUAUCAAUUUUUUAAUUAUUCCAGAUAUGUGUUGAGAUAAUUUACACUGUUAUUAAAAUAAAUAAAAUUUUUUAAAACUUCAAAGUGCAUUUGAAAUAAAUUUUUAAAAGUAAUCCAUAAAUUAUGACGCUUUUUUUUUGUAUUUUUUUGUUUUUUGUUUAUAAAAAAACACACAGUCAUCUUCACACAAAAUUUAUAAAUUGCAUACGUAUAUUGUUUAAGCUUUUAAAUAAUGUUGAAUUGUAUUUUUCAUCUAAACUUGCCACCAAAAUUAGAACCAAUAUAUUAUUUUUUUUAUCCCAAGUUUAACUUGAUUUCAAUAUAUAAAUAGAUUAUCAAAUUCUGUCAUUAUUUUAUUUAUAUUUUUUCUAUUCAGUAUUUUAACUUAAUGUUAUUAAAUUAAUUGAUUGUUUAAUUAAUUUUUUUUAUUAUUUCUGUCCCCUUUCAAUUGCCAGAGAGGGUUUUUACAACAUCACGAUGGUAACAAACAUACAACUGUUUUAUUUCCAACGAAAAAAAGAAAAAAAUAAUUAUUAAUCAUGCUCUCAGUUUUUUUUUUUUUAUUUAUUCGUAUAAUAUAUAUUACGCAUUUUUAUAUUUAUUAAAUUAUUAGUUACUAUGUGUCAUUUUUUAAAUUUAUUUAUAUUAAUUUCUUUUUUAUUAUUACGAUUUUUAUCUAAGUGUGUCCAGUUGUCUUUAAUCCCCCUCACGUUGCACGAGUUUGGUUUUUUUUUUUUUUCGUUUUUCCUACUUGUGUUUUGUCUAACUAUUUUUUUAAACUGAUUUUUUUUUUAUAUUUAAUUUA